CUGACCUUCACGUGUCUCGAUAGCCAGGAAACAGUAGAGCGGAGCGCCAAUUAGAACGCGUGAAAUCAAGAGGAAACGGAUGUGACUUAAGGUUGCACACGGAAGUUGUAGAAGUCGUAGCACGACAAGGGUGUCAAAGAGUAGUGAGAUCAGCUUUCUUGGCACAAUGGGUCGUCACUUCGGAGAUUUGGCCAAGAUAAGGCAUGUGGUCACCUACAGUAUUUCUCCCUUUGAGCAGAGGGCUUUCCCAAACUACUUUUCUAAGGGAAUCCCAAAUGUGUGGAGACGUUUCAAAACGUCUGUAUUCAAGGUUGCACCACCUAUGGUUCUGAUGUACCUGACCUACACAUGGGGCAAUCGUGUUCAUGAACAGACCAAAAGAAAGAACCCUGAAGAUUAUGAGAAUUAACCGUGAAAUCGCUCAGCUGAAAAUGUGUCCUUGUGUAGCUUCUUGUUCAAUAAAGAAAAUAUUUAUGUGAAAAUGGA